AUGCUAGACAUUCAUUCACUGCUAACUUCCAGAACGAAAUCUGCGCAAUGUACACUACAGCCGAGAUGAACCAACUUGCUAUUCCACAACCACGCAGCGCGGGCUUCGCUGGCCGAAAGCCUACAAUGCCCCAGGUCUUCACUUUCGAGCCAAUCAGGCAAAAUAAGAGACUCAAUAGACGCAAGAAACGGUCUAUUAAAGUUCUCUAUCCAGCUCGCCAGGUUCGGAGGACUGUUCCUAGCGAGAAAGACAUGGCCAAGAGGUUGCUUCUGCUGUUGUUGUCCGUUGUCUUCAUUCAAAUCUACACUGCCACUGAAAACGACUUAAAAGACGCUGCUCCGGAGUUAACAGGUGUCCAUGAAGUUCCCAGCGCGUCUGCAGGUGCACCUCCGGCUUCUCCUCAGCUGGCCAUUUCGGUCGUCCUGUCCCCGGAAGCUGAAUCUAACUGCAGCUGGUCUCUUCUCGGCGAAGUCGCUGUCACAAGGAUGUGAAUGAGAAUGGGUGCAGCAUAAGUGCCCUGUACUCGAGGCAGGGUUAUUGACUGCAGCAAAUGGAUGCAGAUAUCCACUCUGGGACACAAUGUUCGUGACUGGGGCGGGUCUCCACAGCUAUCUGGUUCUGGGCCGUAUCAGUGCCCUAAGACUCAUAACUUAUUCUGUGCUGGUUACCUCAAUACUGAUGAACAAAAGUGUAAUUGUGCUGUUUAUUUGUGAGAUAGGCGUAUUUAUGUUUUUAAAUUAAUAUUUAAUGGUAAUUUAAUUAUAAUUAAUUGAUACUGAACAUGGAGGACUUGUUUUAGAAGUAUCUCCCUUUUAUCUUAUUACAUUUUGUACUGUUUUUUUUUAAAAAAAACAUCUCACCUUAACGGUGGGAUAAAAAGACUCACUUUACAAUGAAGUCUAGGUUUGUUAAUGGUUCAGCCAUCGGGUGAACUGGCCGUUCCAUUUUGAUGCUGGUAUGUUCUGUGAACAAUAUUGAAAUAAAAC